AUGGGGCCCCUGCGCAAUAGGAGAUCAUGGGGCCCCUGUGUCCUUGCCCAAACUCAAAAAAGCCUAUGAAAAAGGUACCAGGGGCAUCUCAUGGGGCCCCUACUGACCCCGGGCCCUCGGGCAGUGCCCAAGUUUCCAAAUGGUCAGUCUGCCCCUGGUCAAGAGAUAUCAGCAGAUAUAUGUACAGUGUAUACAAUCAUGACUUGUCCUACCCCUUCACACUUUUAAACUUUCUUGUUUUACGUCUUAACUCUAAGCUAAUAAACUGUAAAGCUUUUUGAAGCG